AUGGAGGGUUUCGACGAGGAAACUUUUAAAAAGUUCUUCCCGACGAGCUUCGGGAAACAGGAGAAGAGACCUGAUGUCAAUGCUCAGAUUAAUCAAACCAGACGCGCCGUUAAGCCAGACACAAGCAAUGAGAAGACAAAGCUUAGUGACGCCACUGGCGAUUACGACGCGAAAUCUGACAGCGAGGGCGAUGAUAUCGGGCCCGCGGGGCCUAGCGACAAGGUCAAAGAGGAUUCAGAUGAUUCGGAUGAUGACUCGGACGACGAUGACGACGAAGACGAGUUUCCAGUCUCCCACGAGCUUGUGAUGAAAACACAUGAGCGCGCAGUGACCACCAUCACCGUUGACCUGUCGGGAUCGCGAUUGAUUACCGGCUCCACCGACUGUACAAUAAAGCUUCAUGAUUUUGCCUCGAUGACACCUUCAACGAUACGCGCCUUCAAGUCCGUCGACCCCUCGGCGAAAAAGACAUCGGCAGCACAGGAUGCACAUGCGGUACAUUACGCGGCGUUCAACCCCAUCUCUCCAGCAUACGUUUUAGUUGUCUCUGCCACACCGCAACCGCGGAUACUUGAUCGCGACGGUGAAACAGUCACAGAGUUCGUGAAGGGUGAUAUGUACUUGAGAGAUAUGCACAACACAAAGGGGCAUAUUUCAGAAGUGACGAGCGGCGUAUGGUCUCCAACUGAUGAGAACCUGUGCGCGACCGCGGGAACGGAUAGUACGGUUCGUAUAUGGGACGCAAAUAUUGGCAGAUCGCAGAAGGAGGUUAUUGUGCACAAGUCUAGGGUUGCCGGAUCCGCUGGUCGGAGCAAGAUGACUGCACUUGCUUGGGGCUCUCCGAAACAAGGUGGCGCAGACGUCCUCGUUGCUGCUGCUCUCGAUGGCAGUCUGAUGAUGUGGAGCGGGAACGGGCCGUAUACACGGCCUAGCGCUGAGAUAAGGGAUGCUCAUGCGCGGGAUACAUGGACCAGUGGGAUUGAUGUCAGUGCAGAUGGUAGGCUUGUUAUUACCAAGGGUGGGGACGACACAAUUAAGCUAUGGGAUACGAGGAAGUUCAAACAACCGAUCACGACUGUCUCGCACCCGUCCAUCUCUUCACGAUAUCCGACCUCAAACAUCGUCUUCUCACCUACCUCGGCAAACGUUGUUACUGGUUCAGAGACUGGACAUUUACACAUUCUGAACCCAGCGACACUGAAGCCUGAAUUGGUCACGCCAGUCACGCCAGGAUCUCCCUUGAUCACAGUCCAAUGGCACGAGAAACUUAACCAGAUCCUCACUGGGUCCGCAAACGCAGAAACUCACGUGCUAUAUAACCCGAAUAUGUCAACCAAGGGCGCUGCCUUGGUCAUGUCCAAGGCGCCUAAACGCCGCCACAUUGAUGAUGACCCAACCUUAACUAUGAACCUUUCGCAAGGUAUCUCCGGAGACUCGGUGGUGGUCGGAUCGAACGGCGUGCCGCACUACAGCUCCGCUACGUGGUCCGCACGGCACCCUACCAUCGGCUUGACGGCUUCGGGCCGUUCAAGAGAUCCCCGUCGGCCUCACUUACCCGCACAAACACCGUUUGCGAAGUCGCAACCGGACGAGAGACACAUCAGGGAGAAUAUCCCGCUUAGUUCUAUGCGUGAUGAGGACCCUCGUGAAGCGUUGCUGAAAUACGCUGAAAAAGCCGAGAAGGACCCGAUCUUUACAAAGGCGUGGAAGGAAACGCAGCCGAAGCCAAUUUAUCGGGAUAUCAGUGAUGAUGAAGAACCGGAACCGGAUAGGAAGAAGGCGCGGCGCUGA